GCCGGGCUUCCGGGCACUCCAUCUCCGGCAAGUGGGGUCGUGGAGGCGGCAGUGGCGGCGGCAGCGGCGGAAGGGAAGUGCCUUUUUUAACGCAAAUGGGUGAUGAAAAGGAAUCUUGGAAAGUGAAAACGUUAGAUGAAAUUCUUCAGGAGAAGAAACGCCGCAAGGAGCAAGAGGAGAAAGCAGACAUAAAGCGCCUCAAAAAUUCUGAUGAUCGGGACUCAAAGCGUGAUUCCCUUGAAGAGGGAGAGCUGAGAGAUCACCGCAUGGAGAUUACUAUCAGGAAUUCACCUUACCGGAGGGAAGAUUCUAUGGAAGACCGGGGAGAGGAGGACGACUCCCUGGCUAUCAAACCCCCCCAGCAAAUGUCGCGGAAGGAGAAGGCCCACCACCGGAAGGACGAGAAGAGGAAAGAGAAGCGUCGGCAUCGCAGUCACUCGGCAGAAGGGAAGCAUGCUAGGGUGAAAGAGAAGGACCGUGAGCAUGAACGUAGAAAAAGGCACCGAGAAGAGCAGGAUAAGGCCCGCCGUGAAUGGGAGAGGCAGAAAAGGAGGGAAUUGGCUAGGGAGCAUUCCCGGAGAGAGAGGGACCGGCUGGAGCAGCUGGAGCGGAAGCGGGAACGAGAGAGGAAAAUGAGAGAACAGCAGAAAGAGCAGCGGGAGAUAAAAGAACGGGAGAGGCGUGCUGAGGAAAAGCGUAAAGAACGGGAAGCCAGACGAGAGAUUUCAGCACAUCAUAGAACGGUGCGAGAAGAAUACGGGGAGAAAGUAAGGAUUUGGAGCCGUAGCCCUCUGCGGCAGCAGAGAGAAAAACUUGAACAAGGCGAGAUCAGAAAGCCAGUGAAAGAGGAAAAGCCGGAGGAGAGGGACCCUCUUUCAGAUCUACAGGAUAUUAGCGACAGCGAAAGAAAAACCAGCUCAGCAGAAACGUCGUCAGGGGAAUCGGGAUCUGGUUCAGAAGAGGAGGAGGAGGAGGAAGAGGAGGAGGAGGAGGAGUCCAGUAGUGAGGAAUCGGAGGAGGAGGAGGAAGAAGAGGAGGAGGAGGAAGAGGAAACGGGAAGCAACUCUGAAGAAGUGUCCGAGCAGUCUGCUGAAGAGGUGAGCGAAGACGAAAUGAGUGAAGAGGAGGAAAGGGAAAACGGAGACCACAUUCCUGUUGUUACAGAGUCGAGGUUUGACCGGGAUUCCGCAGGAAGCGAAGGCGAGGAAGAGGAGGCCGGGGAGGCCAGCCCACAGUCCAACGCCAUGACGGAGGGAGAUUACCUCCCCGACUCGCCCGUGUCGCCGCCGGUGGAGCUGAAGCAAGAGCUGCCGAAGUACCUGCCUGCCCUUCAGGGCUGUCGUAGCGUGGAGGAAUUUCAGUGUCUGAACCGGAUCGAGGAGGGAACGUACGGAGUGGUGUACAGAGCCAAAGACAAAAAAACAGAUGAGAUCGUGGCGCUCAAGCGGUUGAAAAUGGAGAAAGAGAAAGAAGGCUUCCCCAUUACUUCGUUACGGGAAAUCAACACCAUUUUGAAAGCUCAGCACCCGAACAUCGUUACUGUGAGGGAGAUCGUGGUUGGCAGCAACAUGGACAAGAUCUACAUCGUAAUGAAUUACGUCGAACAUGACCUCAAGAGCCUUAUGGAAACGAUGAAGCAGCCGUUCUUGCCGGGCGAAGUGAAGACGUUGAUGAUUCAGCUGUUGCGAGGGGUCAAGCACCUUCAUGAUAACUGGAUCCUUCACCGGGACUUGAAAACCUCUAACCUGCUGUUAAGCCAUGCUGGCAUUUUAAAAGUUGGAGACUUCGGACUGGCUCGGGAAUACGGAUCGCCUCUGAAGCCGUACACGCCUGUCGUCGUGACUUUGUGGUACAGGGCACCUGAGCUGUUACUCGGAGCCAAGGAAUAUUCCACGGCCAUCGACAUGUGGUCUGUGGGUUGUAUAUUCGGGGAGCUGUUAACCCAGAAGCCCCUGUUUCCGGGGAAGUCGGAAAUCGACCAAAUCAACAAAGUUUUCAAGGACCUGGGAACCCCCAGCGAAAAAAUCUGGCCCGGUUACAACGAGCUGCCGGCAGUCAAGAAGAUGACGUUCACAGAAUACCCUUACAACAAUCUCCGCAAGCGGUUUGGGGCGCUCCUUUCAGACCAGGGGUUCGAUCUCAUGAAUAAAUUCCUGACGUACUAUCCGGGCCGACGGAUCACCGCCGAAGACGGCUUAAAGCACGAGUAUUUCCGAGAGACUCCGCUGCCCAUCGACCCGUCCAUGUUCCCUACGUGGCCGGCAAAAAGCGAACAGCAACGGGUCAAACGUGGGACGAGCCCGCGGCCUCCAGAGGGCGGCUUAGGCUACAGCCAGCUGGGUGACGACGACCUGAAAGACACAGGCUUCCACCUCACUACCACAAACCAAGGGGCGUCAGCCGCCGGACCCGGCUUCAGUUUAAAGUUUUAAACGUCAGGCAAAGCAGCGCAGGAAGAGGGUGGGGCGGGGCGGAAGCAAAAAGGAAACGAACACUUGGCUCUACAGACGGGCCGUCGUCGGUUGCUCGUGUCGUGGUCUUUCGCCCCGGGAAUUAAAGCUGUUCCUUUAAUUUUCCAGCAGAAAGUCUUCCUGGGCCUGGCGUUUUUGCAUUCCAUUUGGAAUUAAUCUGAAAAGCCAAGGACUCCUCUGCAAAAAUACAAAAACUAAACAGAUCAAUCCCAGCAAACCAGAAGUACAAUUUUGGAACCGGUCUAUUAUUUUUUCCCCCUCUCCCCUUCUUGUUUGUAUUUAAAUCUUUUCUUCUGGUCGGGGUUGGUUUUGGUUUUUUUUUUUUGCUUGUACAUUUGUAGA